UAAUGUUUGUUAAUCGUUCGUUAAAUCGUAAAACACACUCAGGCUGAACGUGUCUCGGCCUCCUUGAUGGGUCAUUAACAGGCGGCAACAGCAGGCAACGAUUGGCCGGCAAAAUGUCCAACUAUCAGCUGAACUCGAACGAGACGAGUCUCUCGAUACCGCGCAUAAUUACCGUGGAUAGUGUGAACUACUACGAGAUUCUGAUCAAAUGUGGCAACGUCAUGUGGACGGUCAACCACCGGUUUCGGGACUUCGUUGAGCUUCACGAUCGGUUGGUGGCGGACAGGGGCGUAUCGAAGGAUAAGCUGCCACCGAAGAAGGUGCUCGGCAGCAAGAGUCCCACGUUCCUGCGGAAGCGCCAGGAAGCGCUUGAGCGGUACCUGAAGGAGAUGCUUAUCUUCUUGAAGGUGACAAUGCCGAAGGAGUUUGUCGAGUUUCUUGACUUUCAUCGCUACGACAUCGUCUUCAUGGUGCAGCAUCUGGCCAGCUCGCUGUUUCUGCGCGGGGAAGCCUUCCUGGCGAAGUCGAAAAAGUAUGGCUUCUCGGUGCUGGAACUGCACGCCAUCAGCGAGCGGCGGAAGAUACCGUGCCCGGCAACCGAGGCGGCCGAAAGUUGCUACAAUUUCUCGCACAUACUCGACUUUUGCGCCCAGCUAGAAACGAUCAUCGUGCUGCCUACGAAAAACAGUCUGCCCACGAUCCUGUACGACGACGACACGGACAAGUACAUUCCGCACGCGCUCCACAAGCCUAUCGGGAGCAGCAACCUGAUCCCGGUGCAGCUUCGGUAUGAGCUGAGCGUUUUCAAAGCACUGCGUAAUCUCAUCAUUUACGGCGUUCCGACGGAAAACAUUGAGAAUGUAGGUGCCUUGCGUGAGACGCUUACGCGGUUAGAGGUGUACAAAAGUGAAACGAAACAGAUCUGCCAAAUAGCGCUGUGUGAUAACGUGCAUAAGAAUGCUGGCGAAGACGAGCUGGACAAGUUGAAGCAAUGGAAAUUACUUCGGCACGCCGUGUUCAAGGAGAAUCGGUUGACAAAAAUCGACCGCACGAUACGGCUGUUUCCCAGCCUAAAGGACCUGGUGCUCGAUAAGAACCACCUUGAAAGCAUCGCCCACCUGAGCCACCUGAAUAACCUGCAGGUGCUGAGUCUUCGUUGCAACCGACUAGAACAGUGUCCCAACUGGCAUCUGCAGCUCGGCAAUUUGGUGGCCCUGAAUCUCUCGCAGAACCGAAUCCGCCUCCUGGAAGGUCUCGCCCGACUGUACUCGCUGGUCAGCCUCGAUCUGAGUUGCAAUUUGAUCGACGACAUUAACGAGAUCGAUCACAUUGGCAAUCUGCCGUUGCUGGAGAAUUUGCGCUUGCUGGGGAACCCGGUAGCUGGCGGUGUCGAUUAUCGUGCCCGGGUGUUGUCCCGUUUCGGCGACCGCUUGCAGGAGAUCUAUCUCGACAACGAGAAGGGCAACCAGCCGGAGUACGAUACGGCGCUGGUGCUUUCGGCGCUUCGAAUAUCGGCCCAAAAGUCGCAACGCAAACUCCACAGUCUGCUGGACAGCAGCAGCAGUAGCAGCGGUACUAUCGAGAAUGAUGCUGGCGUGUCGUCCGACCCGUCAACGCCCAGCACAAGCAAGGGCGACAUUCGACUGCCCGGAAGCAGAUGAUUAAUGGUUUUAGUGUGAGCGAGCUGUUAUCGAGCGCACUGUCCGAGAGGGACUAUGCGAGAGUUCCCAUUCUGUUUUAUGUGUCGUUGACCCGAGAUCGAGAAGCUGUCUAUUUCUUCAUGUUGGCUCGUGUAAGAGUAAUUGUACGCUAUGCUGGGCCAUCUCCUUGGAAAGAGAGAUGGAA